CAGCUGCAGCAGCAGCAGCAACAGCCACAACAGCCCGUUGCAGGGGGGAGGAGGAGAAUGAAGUAGAUCCACUUCAGAAGAACUAAUUUAACCUAGUGCCGUAUCAUCAGAGACUAGAAAGAGUCGGGCACACCACAUUUGGGGUUUAAUCACCAUGAUGUACGAAGCAAAAGACAGGCAGAAGUUCAUCAGCGAAGCCCAGUGUCUCCGAGACAUGCAGCACAAAAUGGACUCCGAUUACCAGGCUUGCCUGAGACGACAAGAACAAAAAAGAGAACAUGCUGAGAAGAACCGAGACCAACCUUCUAAACAGGAUUUGAGACCCAGCCUUUGUUCAUCUCACAGUCAUGAGAGAACCCGUAUUUCAGGCAUGCCACCUAGCAGACAGAACACUGUGGGUGAGGUAUCUGUAUGUGAACAGAGAUCAGCUGACAAGCCUUCUGGAACUAAUCCUGAAUCUAAACUCCCGGCUAUAGACCAAAUAUCGGCCAAGAAGAAACAGAAAGCUUCCAUGGGCCCCAAGAAGCGAGAGAAAAUUGUGUGGGGCCCCAGCAAAAUGACUCCAGCGGCCCAGACCCAGACCCUACCCAGGAAGAAGCUGAACCUGGGGAGGCUGCCAGCGAGCCCGGGCUUGCAGAGCCAGAGAUGGCCAGAAGAGAGAUGUAGGCCCACAUCUUUCCUGCAGGCAACCCCGCAAGUUGUCGAAGGAUCAGGACCCACCAGCGCGCUGAGCAUGAUAGGAUGCAGGGAAAUGCUGUCUGGGAGUGAGCCUGUAAUGCGGCCAGAAGGCACAGGAUGGCCCAGCGAAAAGAGGCAAUCUCUAGAGAGAAGACACUUGGCCCAGUCCUCCCAGCUUGACAGAAACCAGGAAACCCCAGGCCAAGUCAUCAAAGACCGAAAUGCACUACCACAGGCUCAGCAGCCUUCGGCUCUUCCGACAGCUAUUCGAGGCACACCGAGUGAGGCGAACGGACAGUGUCUGAGAACCUCCAGCACGGGGUGCUCGAGGAAGCCUCCACCCAGGUGCCGAGCUGAAGAGUUUCUUUCCGUUCGGGGCUACCGCUCCGGAGAGACCUCUGGAGAGAGUGGAGACCCUGAAGACGAUGACGAUGACCCCUGGCUGGAAGAAGAAUCCCUUCAUUUUCAGUUCCAAAUGCGUCCAUCAGCUUUCGUUCCCAAGAGCAGCAGGCGGACGGGGGUGUCGGCAGCUCCGGCGGAAACCCAGCUCUUGGAUGAUGAAUUUGGGAGCGGGAGAGCAAAUUCAUUAAGAAGGAGUGAUGCCAGUUAUCCCGCAGUUAGACAAAGCAGCUUGAGAGAGGUGGCCCCCGAAGAGGCUCCCGGGGACCAAAAUCCACUUCGCAAUCCCAAAAUAGCCAAUGGGGAUUCUGUAGCCGAGGGCCACGAAGCCAAGGGUGAACGGGAGAUGCCCUCAUUCACUCCUCAAGUCACCAAAGCUGACACCAGCACAGAGAGUUGUUUCAAUGUCACCGCUUUCCCUACCACCGGUAGCCGUGGAGAGAGCAGGUCAGGUCACGGUUAUGACAGAGAGAGGCAGACCCACGAAACGUGCCCCAGGGCUUACGACAGCCUUCCUCCGGGGAGACCAGCGGCUCCCAGGUCCUUAUUGAAUCCGGCCCAUAACACGCUCAGACCUUUGCCACCUUGCCCACCACGAGGUGAGGUGCCAGGGGGUGUAUUCUUACCCCCGGCUUCUCUUCAGAUCCUAGAUUCGGACAGCAGUGCGAGAUUUAACACUCUUCGGCCUUUGUCUCCUAUUCGAAGUAGACUUUCUUCCGCUGGGGCAGGAAACCAGGAUGUUUCAGGACUUCUGGCCUCCUCAGUGGAAGAUGAUACCAGCUUCAGUGGAGAACAGGCAGAGAACAGUUUAACUUCAUCUCCAAGGCUUCCAGUCGUUCCUGAAGAUCCGGAAGCCAGCACGUCUUCAGGGGAUCCUCCUGGUUGUCCUCCACCAAGGAUGGAUUUUCCAGGCCUGCUACCCUUGGCUGAUUCAGUGCAGGAGGAAAUGUCUAUUGUGUUUACAGUGUCUGAUUUAAAUGCAAAGGAAGCUCCUAAGACAAGAGCAGACCCUGAGAACCUGAAGAAACUGCAGGAGAGUCUGCUGGAGGAGACUUCUGAGGAGGAAGGAGACUCAUGUCGCAUCUGUCUGAUGGCUGAGGGUUCCCCUUCCAACCCACUCCUGGAACCAUGUGGCUGUGUGGGAAGUCUGCAGUUUGUCCACCGGGAAUGCCUGAAAACGUGGCUGGAAGCCAAAAUAACAGCAGGUGCUGAACUGGGAGCCGUGAAAACCUGUGAAAUGUGUAAACAAGGCUUGAAAGUUGACCUGAGCCACUUCAAUGUGUUGGACUACUACCACAAGCAUCAACAGUCUCAGGUACAAAAUGAACUGUUGAAUUCUGGCCUGUACCUGUUCCUGCUGCUUCACCUAUAUGAGCAGAGGUUUGAGGAGCUGAUGAGGCUGAACUACAGCCAAGCUGCGAGAGAGAGGUUCCCAAGACAUUUCUCACCAUCUAGCCCGGAAGAAAAUGAAAAUUCUGACUCGGGAGACAGUGAGGAAAACAGCAUCUACCCCAGCCAAAGCCGGAUCGUCUAACGAGGGGUAUGGAACAAGCAAAUCAGCAGCAAGACCUUGCCCCAGUCCCCUUCCUGCGCUUCCCUGUACCCUCCCUGUGCCUUCUUCUCUCCUUUUUAUUGAAACAGAAAUCCAUGAGUAUC